CUUUCCUGUAAACAUGCAAAAGAGACGGGUGAGGAAAGGCGGGAUAAUGUGGAUUGAUAAAUAGAUUAUGAACCGAUACACUCUAUUUCGAUUGUAGAAUUAUUGUUCAAAAUGAGUGUAGGACAAAUUGCUUCAGCGGGUGAUGAUAUAAAGCUGUGGGAUGAAUCAAACUUUACAUUUUUAAAGCAAUACAAUCCACAUGAUCAAAACAUUGCAGACAUCUGUUGGAGCCAUGAUAAUUCAUUUCUUGCUAGCGUUGCUUUAAACAGCGAGAAAAUAGCAAUUUAUUCAUGCAAGACUUCAGCCUUUCCCAUUACAACUCUUGAUUGCUCGCCUGGAAGAUUGUGUGUAGACCUUACAUCUACAUCUAGGUAUCUUGUGGUUGGAGGUUCUGAUGGUAUCAUAAAUGCUUGGGACCUAAAGUCAAGAACCAUUAAAAAGUCCUACAAGGACCACAAAGGUCCAGUCAGUUGUGUACGCUUUAAUGCAAACGAUUCUCACAUUGCUUCCGGAUCAGAGGCAGGGGAGAUCAUUGUGUAUAAUGUAGUGACAGGACAAGGUUGCCGACCAAUGACUGCCCCAAAAGUCCAAGCAAUAAGACAGCUGCAGUUUAAUGCAGUUAAGAAGUCUUUGCUUGGCUCUGUGUCAGAGGAUGGGGCAGUCAACUUGUGGGACAUCAACACACGUCGCCUCCUUCAUGGCUACAGCGACGCCCACAUCGCCUCCGCCACUGGCCUUAAGUUCUCUCCCCUGAAUGACAUUUUACUGCUCUCUGUAGGACUGGACAAGAGAAUCAUUUGCUUUGAUGUCCAGAGCAAGAAACAGGUGAAGAGUAUCACAGUUGAGUCACCCCUGACCUCUAUUGAUGUCAAGUCUGACGGGGUGACAGUGACGGUGGGCUCCACCAGAGGGAAGGUCUUUGUGUAUGACCUGAGGAAGGCUGCCUCCCCGAUCAGUGUAUUCAGUGCCCACAGGUCCUCAGUGCAACGCCUCAAGUUUGAAAACAAAACUGCAACUGAAUUUCAAAGCUUAAGUAAGCAGGAGGCCUAUGCAAUGAAAUCCAAGCUUGUCCAGAGUGAGGGGGAGGGGCUAUCACCGGGCAGGAGACAGCUGCCCUCAGCCCCAAACAACCAGAUCAGAGACCACAUAUUGAAAGAGGUCGAAUCAUGGCCCAUGUCCACAUUUUUAGAAUAUCUAGAAUUUGAUAGUUCUGGUGACGAGACAGAACAGCCUACUUCCAGUCCUACUGCAGCCGAGAGGAAGGAUCUUUACUCCUACAGGAAUGUUAAGUCACCAAAUCACAGUGAUGGAGUGUUUUCUCCCAUGAGGGAGCACACUGACUCCUAUGGGAGUAGUGUAAUGUCCCCUUUGGACAGUGUGAGCAGACAGUCUGCAGGAACAAUAGGAAUUAGUAACAUCACUCCCCUCAGAUCUGACCUCAGCAGCUUAAAAAAUCACAAUGGAAGUUUAGGACUGUCACCUGUAUCAGGACCAUACACUGGGUCAACAGAUGAUUACAUGACAGACCAUAACCCCACAAGUCAGACCCCAGACAGUCAUUACAGGGAACCUGCUGAGUCCCCGGAGUCUCACACCUCCCCAGUCCUACACAGGGACACAGAUACACAAAGACCAUCAGCUUUUAUGCGAAGAAGUGGUGAUGAUCGAAACUUCCCCAGAUCAUUCCUGCCGUCAGUGAAUGAGUACAGUGCCAGUCCAUAUGUAGGAGUGCCCAGUGAUUCUGUGAACACAUCAAGAACUAGUGGUAACACUCGACAGAGAAACAAUUAUGAUGAAUCUCCAAGUGCAAGCUCCGGGGGAAGCAGUGUCCCUCCAUUUAAACUGACUACAUCCCCAGAGGGCGCUCAAAGCGUCCCCUCAGUAGAGGCGACACUGCCCACACAAAUUCCAGGCUCACAGAAUGGUCAGAACUUCCAGACGCAAGUCAUACGCAAUCUCAUCAGUGAGGAGUUGGAGGAUUUCAAGGACCAGAUUCACAGGGACAUCUUACAGCUGCAGGUGGAGAUGCUGAGGCAGUUUCAAAUACAAAUGGUGGAAAUGACAAAUGUUUUCAAGCAGCAUUCAGUGAAUCAAGAACUUCUCCAGGAGGUAGAGCGAUUGAGGGAGGAAAACAAACGAUUAAAGAAAAACUUUUGAGAUCAGAAACAAAAGGUCAAUAUUUGGUGCUCAUAACAGCAGCAAUUGGUGAAACUGUGCUUGUGAAAGAAAUUACCCAACGAAUUUGAAAAGUACAGAUGUUUUAAUAUCCUUAUUUAAUUUAUAAAUAUUAAAUGACUAACAGGUUUUCAUUACUGUUAAAUUAUUAAUAUUUUCAGGCAUUCUAUCAUUUUCAUUUCCCUGAUAAAAAUAAGAUUACUAAAACUGUGCAUACAUCUAUUGUUCUAUAAAUUAUAGAAUUGUUUCAUUAAUGUUUUUUAACUUCACUAUUAAUACAAUGUGAAGUAUUUUUGUGAUAUUUGACUUACAAAUACGAAUGUAUUUUAAGAUAGGAAAUGAAAGAAGGUGCAUGUACAGUAAUCAUUUGCAUGUCUUCAGUUUGCCAGUACAUGUACAGUGUACCAUAUUUUUUCUUACUUCUGUAAAUGAUAUUUACUACAUGUAUCUACACAUCUAAUCUGUAGAUCUUUAUUAUGGUUGUUGAAUAAAGUACAAUUUAUU